CCAACGGCGCAGCUGCGCAGCUCCUGCUACUGCGCAGGGCUCCGCCGCGCGUGACCCGCCGACCCUGAAGUCUCUGCGCUGUAAUGGCGGCCUUGAGGGCCCUAGUGGCCCCGAGGCUGGGGGUUGCCUCCGCGUUUGCGCCGUUCCCCGAGCUCCUGCGGCCGCUGUCUCUCUGUGGGCUGGCCCCCUCCCCGCGCGCGGCCUUCCACGGCUCGGCGCCGCGCCCCGGUGCCAGGGUCGCGCUGGUGCUGUCGGGCUGCGGAGUCUAUGACGGGUCGGAGAUCCACGAGGCCUCAGCGAUCCUGGUGCACCUGAGCCGUGGCGGGGCUGAAGUCCAGAUCUUUGCCCCCGAUGUCCGUCAGAUGCACGUGGUGGAUCACACCAAGGGGCAGCCUUCUGAGAGUGAAAGCAGGAACGUCUUGACGGAGUCAGCCAGGAUCGCCCGAGGCAAGAUCUCUGACCUGGCUCAGCUCAGUGCAGCCAACCACGAUGCUGCCAUCUUCCCUGGAGGCUUUGGAGCUGCCAAAAAUCUGAGCACGUUCGCUGUCGACGGGAAGGAUUGCAGAGUCAACCAGGACGUGGAGCGGGUCCUGAAGGAGUUCCACGGAGCUGGGAAGCCCAUUGGCCUGUGCUGUAUCGCGCCUGUCCUUGCGGCCAAAGUGCUCAGAGGUGUUGAAGUCACCGUGGGCCAUGAGCAGGAAGAGGGUGGCAAGUGGCCUUACGCAGGGACUGCCGAGGCCAUCAAGGCCCUGGGUGCCAAGCACUGUGUGAAGGGUGUGACCAUAUCCUUUCUGGUGGCUAUGGCCUCUGUGGUGACAUGGCGCACAUGGGACACUCUCUUUUGGCCCUUCAGGGUCCCCUGGCAGAGGGCCUCAUCCCCAAGAACUGUACUUGCUGGUUUUGCUGUGGAUGUCCUUGGCCAGGAGGGCAAGCCUAAUGCCAUGUGUUUGGAGGAUGGGCCUGCAUUGGCCAGGGAGGUCCGUGUGUCCAUGCCCACUGCCCACCUGCUGGGUGGUCAGUGAGCGUCCCCUGGAUGGCAGCGUCCCCUGGGUCGCCUGGUCUGUGGUCCUGAGCAUGGUGUGGGGAGGUGCCCGUGGGGACCUUGGGGGCCCAGGCACCACCCGGCGGUCAGGAGGGCUGGAGCCUGGAGAGCCUCUGUCCCGGGUGGAGCGCGUUGGAGUGGUGCCUCUGGAAGGGGCUCUCUGCUCCCUGGGCUCCCGAGCUUCCCUUGUCCUCUUGGACACGGGAGCUGGAAACCAGUCUUCCACCUGACUGAGGGGCCCAGUGGCCAGCAGGGGCCCCGAGGCAGGGAGGGCACCUGGGGAGAGAGUCUGUGCCCACCGCGGCCCGCCGCUGCCUCUGGUUUUGCUGGGUGAUGAUUUUUCCUUAACUUCAGCGCACGAAGCUCACGUGGACCAGAAAAACAAGGUGGUCACGACCCCAGCCUUCAUGUGUGAGACCGCCCUCCACCACAUCCACGACGGGAUCGGGGCCAUGGUGAAGAAGGUGCUGGAACUCACAGGGAAAUGACAGCUCCUGCGCCUGGCCGCCCCCGUCUGCCGCGGAGCCGUCUGCCACCCGUGACCAGCUGGGCACAGGGCCAGAGCUGCUUUUCUGUUUGACUUCAUGUUUUCUGCUUGAGCAGGGAGCUCUGCUGUGGGACAGGGGUCUGGCCUGAGGCUCCUCGCUGCAGGAGGGUGGCCAGCCACACCUUGACAGGGCAGCUGAGCAUUCCUUGUCCACCCCUGAGGAGCAAGCAGUCGCCACUUCCCCCAGCAACUGUCCCUGUCCAGGAGAGACCCUGAGGAAAAUACCACGCUGCGAUCUGGGUUUGAUGAUUUGGGAUGCUUGGGUUUGGAAGAAAACCAGUUGUUAUGUUACCUGUCUGAUAAUCAGGAGACCAGAAGUGCACGUUGAAGGGUAGAGACCCUCUGGUCUCAAGUGGACACUGAUCAGGGGAGGGACUUUCUGUAGCAGGCAGUCCUUUAGCUGCAGCAUGGCUCCUGUCCAAACUGGAAACUCCUGACAGGGACAUCUGGGCCUUCUGGAAUUGGUGAAUGGGCUGUAUCCAUGAGGUUUCUUGAAUCAGCCUCAGUUCUCUUAAUUUGGGGGGUAGGGGGAAAUUGCUGUCACUCAGCCUCCCUCUGUGACCAGGUGGGUGGACUGUGGAUUCCCGGGUGGCAGAAGCUCACAGGUGUGUGGAGGGGGGAAUAAAGGCUGCUUGUGUGCUGGUG